AUGAGCCGCGAACCGCCGGCGGGGGAGGAGGAGGCGGCGGCAGGAGGCGAAGGCAGAGCGGCAGGCGGCGAAGGCAGAGCGGCAGGCGGGGACGGCGGCUGCUACCUGGCGCUGUGCGCCCGGCCGGUGCACUUCGAGAAGGCCAACCCCGUCAACUGCGUCUUCUUCGACGAGGCCAACAAGCAGGUGUUUGCAGUUCGGUCAGGUGGAGCUACAGGAGUUGUGGUUAAGGGGCUGGAGGACAGAAAUCCCAUCUCCUUCAGGAUGGAAGACAAAGGAGAAGUGAAGUGCAUCAAGUUUUCCUUGGGGAACAAGAUUCUGGCUGUGCAGAGAACUUUGAAGAGUGUGGACUUUUUGAACUUUAUUCCAGACAGCCCUCAGCUGGAAUACACACAGGAGUGCAAGACCAAGAAUGCCAACAUCCUGGGCUUCUGCUGGACAAGCUCGACAGAAAUCGUCUUCAUCACAGACCAGGGCAUGGAGUUCUACCAGGUGUUGCCAGAGAAGAGGAGUUUGAAGCUUCUGAAGAACCAGAGCAUUAAUGUCAACUGGUACAUGUACUGCCCAGAGAGCUCUGUUAUCCUGCUCUCCACCACUGUCCUUGGCAAUGUCCUGCAGCCAUUCUAUUUCAAGAGUGGAACAAUGGCCAAGCUGUCCAAGUUUGAAAUCGAGUUGCCUGCAGCCCCCAAGGCCUCCAAGCUCAGCCUUUCUGAACGAGACAUUGCCAUGGCCACAAUAUAUGGGCAGCUCUACAUUCUCUAUUUGAGGCACCACUCCAGGACAUCAAACAGCACAGGAGCAGAAGUAGUCCUCUACCACUUGCCCAGGGAGGGCUCCUGCAGGAAGAGUCACAUUCUGAAGCUGAACAGGACAGGGAAGUUUGCACUCAACGUCGUGGACAACUUGGUGGUGGUGCACCACCAGGACACAGAGACUUCAGUGGUGUUUGACAUCAAGCUGAAAGGAGAAUUUGAUGGCUCCACCACCAUCCAUCAGUUUGUGCUUCCACCUCGAUCAAUACAACCCUACCAGAUCCCUGUGGCAGGCCCAGCCUCUGUCACCAGUCAGUCUCCUGUUCCAUGCAAACUCUAUUCUUCCUCUUGGAUUGUCUUUCAACCUGACAUCAUCAUCAGUGCAAGUGAAGGUUACCUGUGGAGCCUUCAGGUGAAGCUUGAGCCUGUGGUGAACCUCUUGCCAGAUAAAGGCAAGCUGAUGGAUUUCCUUCUGCAGAGGAAAGAAUGCAAGAUGGUUAUCCUCUCUGUGUGCUCUCAGAUGCUCAGUGAGCCGGAAAGGGGAUCCCUGCCUGUGAUUGCCACUGUGUUUGACAAGCUGAACCAUGAGUACAAGAAGUACUUGGAAGCUGAGCAAAGCUAUACCAUGGUGGUGGAGGCAGGGCUGAGCAGGAGCACGCCGGCGCCGCGGCGGCCGGUGCGCACGCAGGCGGUGCUGGACCAGUCGGACAUGUACACGCACGUGCUGGCCGGCUUCACCGAGAGGAAGGAGGCCCCUCACAAGUUCACCAUCGCGGUGCUGAUGGAGUACAUUCGCUCGCUCAACCAGGUGCAGAUCGCAGUGCAGCACUACCUGUACGAGCUGGUGAUCAAAACCCUGGUGCAGCACAACCUGUUCUACAUGCUCCAUCAGUUCCUGCAGUACCACGUGCUGAGUGACUCCAAGCCUCUGGCUUGCCUGCUGCUGUCCCUGGAAAGCAUUUACCCUCCUGCACACCAGCUCUCCCUGGACAUGUUAAAAAGGCUCUCCACGGCCAACGACGAGAUCGUGGAAGUGCUGCUGUCCAAGCACCAAGUGCUGGCGGCCCUGCGGUUCCUCAGGGGCAUCGGGGGCCACGACAGCAUCUCGGCACGCAAGUUCCUGGACGCCGCCAAGCAGGCAGAGGAUCAGCUGCUCUACUACACCACCUUCAGGUUCUUCCAGCAGCGCAACCUGCGCCUGCGCGGCAGCCCCAGCUUCACCCCGGGGGAGCACUGUGAGGAGCAUGUCACGUUCUUCAAGCAAGUCUUUGGAGAGCAGGCCCUGCUGAAGCCUCCCAGCCUCUGAAAGACUCUGGCCACUGAAAUGUAUAAACUUUAAUUUAUUGCA